UUAUAAUCCUGGGUCGUGGUAAUCGUCGGUUCAAAUGUUGCACAUUUCUAUGUUUCAUGCAUUUGAAUAGUAAAUGUAUACGGGUGUAUGAUAUAAACUGAUCCAACGGAUGAUUCUCAUAUGUUAACCCAUUGUAGACAAUGAGCUACAGCCGAUGGCCCACUACUUCGCCCGUAUCGGGAAUCUCUGCAGCUACAUCGUCAUAUGACCCUAUGGUGAUUCCUACAAAUGACGCUACUACUGCUGCCAUGCUGCAGAGGACGAUGCAAAAAAACUCUGAUCGAUCGCAUCCGGCAGAGGGUUCAAUGUCAAUACUACAACGUUAUAAUGGUGCAUUGGAGAUGCUCCGCAACAGGCUCUGGAAUAGUACGGCAAAGGGCAAUUUAUCAUUUGAAGAACCUGAUGACGGAGAGCCGACUUCUUCCGAGCUCCCUUGGAAUGACGGUGAUGAUUCACAUAUAAUAUCUGUAGAGCGAGAUCUUAGCGUGCGCAGUGCAUUGCGUUUAAAGCACCUUUUACAAAGUGGCAAUACCGUUCCUUCUGCAGUAUUAGAUGCGGUAUUAUCACACGAUAAGGUUGUUCAUCGGCUUCGUAGUUUGAAUGAUAUUUUCACUUUUGGGAAGCGGCUCUAUUUACCUGAGGAAGAAAUGGAUAUUAAUGUGAUCAAUGCUAUUCGCACCGCUCUACCUCUUUUCAACGGUUCUUGCGUACCUCUUGUUAUGUGGCCUUCUACGGAUCCAUCUCUUCACGACAAUGAGCGCGUGCGCAUUGAGGAGUCCACUGUGUUUGAGGCUUUACAGAUAUACUGUCUGCACAAGCAUAACCGUGAGGUUUACAUUGAGAGAAGCCGUUCAUCCGCUAGCAUGAAUGAAUCUAGUGGUUCGUUGGCGAUAGACAUGACCGACGUUGUUGUUGUCCGUGAGAUCUCAGAUACCAUAUUGGACGAGCUCUUGGCUACGUUAUGGACUUUAGGUUAUUUAGCUCUGCAGAUGCAUCCUGUAGGUUCUGACCAGUUGCGACCUUACGCAUGUGCGAUUUUAUCAAAUCCUGAAGAAAUCGUGUCCCGUCUAUGGAAAAUGUAUUUAUCGUUUACCGAACACCUCAAGCUGCGAUUCCUUCACAUUAAGGAUGUGGAUGUUUCAUUAAAGGAUAACUUGCAUGGUCGUCUGAUAGUCGAGGCCCAUCGAGUGGCGAUUUUACAAUGUGCCAUUGUCAAGACUCUUUUGGAUAUACACAUCGGAACCAGAAAUAUGACAUUAGAGGAGUAUCAGCGUUAUGCAACUCACUUUGAGAGUCGCAACUUUACAGGUGCUUUUGCUAUAGUUCGCAAUGUGAUGGGCGACGACGACUCUAAAGGUUCACAGCUUUUGAACCAUGCUAUUCACGAAUUACAAGCUCUUGGUACUAUGUUGCUUAGUAGUUUCUUUUUGUACAGAGGUUUCGGUGCUGAUAAGAUAUCAUCAUGCGACAAUUCUUUCGUGUCAGAAGCUACUACGUAUAUGUAUUCACAGUUGACUCUUAUGGAUAAUGGUGACACUAAUAAAUCCAGAGCCAUGUUGAUAUUUGCCUUUACUGGUUUUUUGAAGAAUUUAUCUAUUGGUGAUUCUGCUUGCAAUGCUGAUCUUCAGUUCAUUGAAAAAGCUUCUGCUCAUCUAGAGAGUUACGUUUCCAGUUUGGAAUGGUUGGCGUUAUCACGUGACUGUUUUGGCCGAAGCAAUUGUUCUCCCAGUGCCACAAUCACACAAUUUCCAUGUCGUUUGUUGUUAUUGGAGUCAAUUGCUUCUGUUAUCGAUAUUUUCGGUGUAAAGAGGGUUCCACAUCUGGAGAGCGUUGUGAACGCUCUCUGUAUUGUGGUUGAUCGUGACAAUACUCCCGAUCUUGCUUACCAGGCUACUAAGCUUUCCCUCAUGGAACGCAUAGGCGAAUAUUUGAUGUCGAACUUUCCCUUUGGUUUAUCGAGUUUAUUCCAGUUGUUUGGUGCAUUCUUACCGUUCUGCGGCAGCCAUGUGGAUGAUGAAAAUAUCGUUGACAUUGAUAACGACCAUACUUCUAUGGAUAUAGUUGUGCGAAUAUUACUAUCAAAGUUUGACAGCAUUGUUAUAAGUCCACUCACUUCCCCUGUAGAAUACAAAUCUGACACCGGUGAGAUUGAGGUAACUGAAGAUAUUUAUUUGGAUGUACAACUUUUACAAAUGCUUGGUUUGGACAAACGGUUACUACUGGAUAAAUGGUUUUCUUGGGAAAUGAGCAAUAGCAUCUGUGUUAUACGUGCUGGUAUCAUGGGUAAACCUGUUCUGGUCAACGAUUUGCGUAAUUUAUCCUGGAAUGCAACGGCUAGCCCACUUGGCGAUGAUCAGGACCUAUGGGUAGUUGAUGCUGAUGUGUCUACUUCGACCUCCAAUGGCAAUAUUAGCGCGUUAUGGAUGCAGGAAGCGUCGUUGGAAAACACUGGAGUGAAUAAAUCUGGAUUGCGCGGAUGCCACUUCGAACUGAAUGAUGCAAUAACUUUCGAGAUUUAUUCGAACUCUGGGAAUGCGAAGUCACAAAAGAAUAUGACUGGGCAUUUCACUCUGCUGCGAGCUCUCUGGCUUGUUUGGAGAGGAUGUAUUAUGUACAUAGUGCAUACAGGACGAGAGUUACCACAUCAGGCCCUUGGUACUUUUGUAACUGUCAAUAGCUUACUUACUGGGAUCAUAUCUAGGUUUCCUCGUCUCAUUUCUAUGAUUGAGGACCACAUAAAUGUAACCUUUUGCAUGAAUGAGAGCAACAGCAGAUAUCCAUUUGGCCCUUCAAGCAUUAUAUUUCACUACACUCUUCUAUAUUUGGUUUGCUUGAAACAUCUUCAGUUACAUGUCAUGCUUCCUGAAGUGAUCGAUGCCAUACGAAGCUUCCUUCAACCUACUUACGUCAUACCUGUAGGUGAAAACGUCACAGAGGUUGAAUUCCACCGUUACUGGAUUUUCUUACAAUCAUUGGAGUCAUGUUCUCAGUUUUUGACUGAUGAUCAUGGUUUAUCAAUGUUCGCUUUUCUGGAGCGCAUUUUGCACGAAGAAGAGCGCCCUCUGCGUACUUAUCCAGUGACACGUGGAAUAUUAAAGUUUUUCAAGGAGUUGUUGAUUCAAUGCCCACCCGAGCUAUGGAUGCUCAGUGCUUGGCAUCAUGGUAUGUUGAAUAUGUCACAUACUUCUUUAGAAAUGGAGUCUAGCAACGUAACGCAUGGAUUGGAUCUGUCAUACUUAAAUAAUCUAAGGCGACAUGUCCAUGUGAAUGCACACAAGUCCAACGAUCUUUACAACCCUUUCCAAUCACAGUUACUUUGUGAGAUGUUUGGCUACGUCCUGAAAACCGUAUUUCAUGCUAUAAACGAUUUUGAGUUUGCUGACAGUGCGGAGCGUUUCUGUAUGGUUGAAGAUAUAGCUGAAAUAGCACAGCUUACUUGUGGUAUAUUUCGUGUUUACAACUACGAUAAUGGCAAACCCUUUUCGGCGGCAUCCGAUAGCCAAGUUCCUGAAGAUCAUUGGGCCCAAGGUCUUAAUGAGUUGAUCAAUCGCAUACUUUUGAUUCUUUCUGGGUCCAGUUACAUCAUGGGUGUUGUGAAUGCUUUGACAUUCCAGAUGGAUCUUUUGAAAUACCACCAAGGGCCAUUGGGCGCUUCCCUUGUUAUGGUAAACCCUUUGAAGUUCAGCGAGAUGAGUCUUUCAUUCUUUACGCUGCGCAGUAUAUUACAUCGACGUAUGGGUGUAGUGAUGCUGUCGAGUACUAAAGACCUAGGAUUUUACGCAUCGCAGUGUAAAUUGAAUUAUCGAUAUCGGUGGUUAAGAUUUCAUGAAAACACUUCGCUUAUGGGUCAAUCAAAGCGUAUACUGGCUGUGAAAUUGAAGUUUUUAAGAAACUUGUAUGUGAUUGCGCUCCCCAAGAACCGCAACCCGCUGUUUAAUACUUUGGCAGAAACUUUGGGAUCACCACUAUUCUUGAGAUGCCGCAAUGGAACGGACCAUCGUGGGAAGUUUAUAACAUCCCAUGAUCAACUACUGGACCCAAAGGAUCCAGUUGUUUAUUUUUCGAGGCACCAGAUGGACUUGCUGCGUGCCAGUCUUCCACAGGCAUCAGUGGUAACAUCAAUUGUGUUUCACACUUAUACAACCGGUUUUGCCUCUACUGCUACUGACAUUCUAUCACUAUAUCUGCUUCUGUCUGACCAAUUCAAGCUUCAACGGGGUGUUUACAACGAAUCAACCGUUGAUAACUCUCGCAUCAUGUUAAAUCAGUUGGCCAAUACACGAGGUCAUUACGAUAUCAUUUCUCAUACUGACAAAGACGAGAUUUGCUUCUAUGAGCAUUUGAUAUCUGUUUGCUUGGAUGGUAGAAAACGCAGUUAUGAAUUGCGAGUAUCUAUUAUGCAGUAUCUGAAUGUAGCCCUAAGUACGUGCAGUGGUAUGGAAAUGCUCUGGGAUAACAAUGGCGUGGAUGUUAAGGCUCUUUUGGACUUUGUGGACUCUAUGUUGAGAUUGCAUUUACUACAUGGUCAUGGGCAUAGUUUGGGUGAUGUUACAAUAGCACAGCAUGCCCUUUUAAUAUUGCCCCGCUUGAUUGAAUUGUCCAAGGGUACCCAGAACUACUGCUGGGAGACUAUAACGUUUUCACUCAAUGUUCUCAUUGAGUUAUGGCGUAGCUUUGAUUCCAAUUUGUUUUUAGAUGCGGAUACAACCUUUUAUCAACAGGGUGCAGCCCCUCGCAGCACCAUGGCAAAAGAGUCAUGGUUCGACAAAGUCGUCCCUGAUCUUAAUGUACACAUGUCGGAUUCUUUGGUCGAACGUCGUUUGGGACUUCUGCGCAUAAUGGGUGCUGUCUAUGCCAUUUUAGACAGCUUGAAUGCGUAUCUAUUACAUUCAAAGUUACGUUCUACUGAUCCUCCAGACGAGUUUUUGCAUCUAUUAUCUUCAGUUAGCAUGAACUGGGAAUUUAUGGAUACCCUAUUCCCUAUAGUUUUUUAUGAUUCCGGAUUUAUACAUUCCUAUGUAAAGAACGAUGUUACUGAGCGAAAGAUGGGCCAUUAUUAUCGUUUAGGCUUAUGGUUGGGUGAGGAUUGUUUAGAUCCUCUUUCACGGCUUUUGCACCAUCUAUACGACAUGAAGAUUUCUCAUCAUCAUUUGCUGAUGCAAGGUGACUCCCUGUACGGUGUUGAGCCUUUUGAUAUUACAUCGAUGCUAGGACGGUUGAACCGUUGCAACUCUCAGGCGCCUCAUAAAAAAAUUGACAAUCUCAUAUCCUCCAACAGGCUAAAUAUAAAUCGUUAUGCUAAUAUGCUAGGCGAAAUGGUUGGUCCAUCUGAAUCCAAUGCUUUGAAAAGUCGUAAAUAUGAACUAACUUCUGGCGCCACAGCUGUUAUGCCAUCCGAUCCUGGAUUUCACACGCCAUUUUAUACCUUUGGCACUGCGUAUGAGUUUGGUCACAAUUACCUUGUGGACGUUGAAAAGUUUCACCACCUCUCUGUGAUAUUGAUUACAUCAUCAGACGACAAGGCCAAUGUCUUAUAUUCCGAGGGUAUGGGUAUAGUACGUCGGCAUAUCGAAUUGAUUCCUUAUAUAGAGUCGUUGAAUGAUCUUAAAGUGAUGCUGUUGCGUCAGUUAUGCAAUUUGGUGACAAACUUCCGUUCACAAAAGCCUGCCAUUUAUUCCAGGAUGCGAGGUCUAUUGGACAAUGAUGUGGCUACACGUGAUAAUGCUAAUAUCGCUAUCGGAAAUCACAUGGAACCUUUUAAGAUGUACGUGUUUAAUGUGGCCAUGAUGCUUCAUUUUAUUAUGACUCUUCCCAGUUGUUUGUCUGAGCACCCUUUAUACAUUGGGCUAUUCAUUGACCUUUUGCAUUUAAUUCUGGAAGGAGGCUUGGACAUCAUGGAGCUGGAACCGAGCUUUUCAAAUUAUUACGAAUGCUACCGUUCAUCACAUCAGUCUGACGAAAGUGGUUCCGAUUUGGGCAUUUCCCAAGAUGGGUCCAACGUGACCAAAGGUUGCGACAAGGACAAAGUAGCUCAAGAGUUCCGUUCUUUUGCCUUAAAUGUAUUUUCUGGUCUACUUGUUCAGAUAUCUCACUAUAUUUUAGAGUUUAGCAGGCAUUUUUACAAUGUGUUGGAUGUUGAUUUCAGACCUAAAACUUCAUAUAGACGUUCGCUUCGUGUGAGGGUGGCAGCACUUUCAUCAUGUGUUGGACCUGGUGAACUCUUUAGCGCCGAGGAAGAAGGUAUGUACAUUGGUGAUGCAUCCAGUUCAGGAAAUCGCGAAUGCGUUUGCAAAACUAUUGUCGGUAAGACAGUGGUUUUAUGCAAUGCAACUGUAUGGCUUCAUUUUAUGUUAUGUUCCUUUUUCAAUUCAAUGUAUCGCAUUACUUCAUCGGUUGCUAAGGCAUGUUACAAGGCUGAGCCUCGUGAUAUCGAUGAUGGUGCUAUCGAAUGCCAUCAACGUAUGACUACUUACGCCUCUAAAGCUCUUUACGAUACUUGCAUUAAAAAGAUUGAUGCACUGCGCACUGCAAAUGAUCGUUUACUUCAAUGUUUUGCUGAUGCUGGUUGCAACACCUUGCGGAGUACGGAGGUUGAGUCUGCAUUUGUCUUUAUAAUGGGCCCCUACUCAAGCUUGUUGACUUUGCAAUCUAUUGUUUUAAGUGAUAUAAACUCAGAUUAUACGAAAGAUGUUUGUUAUCCAUAUGUGGUGCAACUAGUUGAUGCAUUGACGAAGCUUCCUUACAGCACUUCAGCGUGCAUAUCACCAAGCAUUGUUAAAUAUGGCGACUUUGUGAACUCCAGUGUUUUGACUAAGUGUGACAAGAUGUAUAUGGCUGAAUGUUUGCGCGGUAUGUCUAAGGGUUUGAUACGUUAUGAGAACUGCAAUUGGCUUCGUACUUUACUCUACAAGUUGUUUGAGCGUUUUAAUGUUAUCUUGUUGCACGGGAUUUCAUCUAUGUCAGUCCUCAAUGGCUUCAUUGAAUGCCAGUUAAUACAAAGGUUGUACUUGUAUUCUUUCCUGUGUCAGUUUGUUCAGCCUCUGCAACAUGUAAAUCCCAAGUCACUCCUAUCCAACUUCUCAGCACAUACUCUUGAUGGCACCGUUGGCAAUUGCUUAGAGGUCAUGGAGAGCAAUGUAGCCACUUGGUACCCAGCCUACCAGGUUUAUAGUGAUGGUGAGGCUGUGAGGUGCCCAUAUCACCUCUUACAUUGUGGACUACUCAGGUUUGUUUCUGAGUUGUGCAGCUAUCACAGUAGCACCAAUGCAAUGAAGAAUUCGAACAUGGAGUCUAUGUCUACUGUAAUGCCUCUACUACUGAGUGUGGUUCACUUGUUGCGUCAACGGUGUAUGCAUGUGUUGACAUCUGAUUUAACCCUGGCCACUAUGGAGGAGUGCUACGUUAUAUUUACCAUUUUACGUCAGAUAUGUAGUUGGCGUCGGCUACCCGAUUCGGAUAGUGCAUUAAUGCCUGAGUUGUUGCGUUGUUCAAUGCAAUACUGCUCUAACCUCAUACAAGCCUUCCAAAAUGGUCUGGAUAAGAUUUACGACCAGAUUCCACCAAAGACUGUGGAUGAGGGCAUACUUUCAACGAAACAUGGCCUAGAAACUAAGGUAUCGUCAGGAAACAAAUCACCUGAUGCAUUAACCAUGAACAACUCACGCCAAGUUUAUCGACAGCGCUGCUUAUAUCUUGCACUGAAAACUGUGGAAUCAUUCAUUACGUUCUUGUUGAACACUGACAUCACAUUAGGCUGUGUAAAUCAGUUACCACCAACACUGGAAGCAUUCUUGAAAAGUGGAGACCCUGCUAAUUGUCGCCGUAUGUGCGGUGUUGAUCGUGUCGUCUUCCAGUCUGUACUCCGCGGACAACCUGUGUCCAAGCCUGUGUUAUGCACUCGAGAUGACAUGUCGAAAGCAGGUCCUAACGACCCUACUUUUGAAUUGAUGUGCGAUGCUCUUGGUACUUGUGUGGAUCUCUACCUUUGGUCCUUGCGUGUCUACAGGGAGUUGCGUGGCAGCAGCAAAGAACCAUUCCUUCUUGGGUUCCGUCAAGAUGCGGAGGGCGGCGUUCACGUGGCUCUGAGUUUGUACAGUACUUUGGGUGGUGAUUAUUUCCGAAAUGGCGUUGAUAGCAUUGAUUGCCUAGUCUACGAGAAUGUUUCUGUUCGUGCUCAUAACCAUGUGGAUGUAGUUCCAUCUCAGGUACCACUCGUUGAGUUUCAGUCUCUUUUUGGGUGUGUCAUUGAGAAAAGUGCUCUUUUCUGCGCUAGUGCUGUCAAUACGAUUUUUUUGCAAAACCAACUUUACACUCACGACGAAUCACGUUCCAGAGGUCUUAUAGAUGGGCGUACCAAAGUAAUCCCAUCUUCUGGAUUAAACAACAAUUAUAUUGGUUUGCUUCAGCCAUCAUCAUCGCGGCUUCACAGCACGUUGACACUUUUGCACAAUGCCUUUUCUGAGGUUGCUUCGAAAUCCACUUACCUAUCGGAUUCUACUGUCGAAUUUUGCAAGAUGUUGGGUGAGCAGAUAGACACUCGUAUAGUUCAAUCUAAGAUGCUGUACGAUGUUUUUGGUGACAGUUAUGUCUACUUGGAGCGUUAAUCUGU